CAUUUAUUCAGGCUUAGAGAAACCUCCAGAAGACUGCUAUCAUGGCAGAGAAACCCAAGCUCCACUACUUCAAUGCACGGGGCAGAAUGGAGUCCACCCGGUGGCUCCUGGCUGCAGCUGGAGUAGAGUUUGAAGAGAUAUAUAUAAAAUCUCCAGAAGAUUUGGACAAGUUAAGAAAUGAUGGAUAUUUGAUGUUCCAGCAAGUGCCAAUGGUUGAGAUUGACGGGAUGAAGCUGGUGCAGACCAGAGCCAUUCUCAACUACAUUGCCAGCAAAUACAACCUCUACGGGAAAGACAUAAAGGAGAGAGCCCUGAUUGACAUGUAUACAGAAGGUAUAGCAGAUUUGGGUGAAAUGAUCCUCCAUCUGCCCAUAUGUCCACCUCAGGAAAAAGAUGCCAAAGUUGCCUUGAUCAAAGAGAAAACAAAAAAUCGCUACCUCCCUGCCUUUGAAAAAGUCUUAAAGAGCCAUGGACAA